GCUGGCUACCGGCAGGCUGCAGAACUCCAUUGAAUACUCGUGUGUCUGUCGUCUGAUAAACUCAGCUGGCUAUGGCAGGAAAAUCUUACAGUAUUGUCGAGUACUUUGGAGGCGAUGGUGGUCACCGAUGUGGCUACUGCAAAAAUGAAGAGGGAAACUUUUCUCAUGGAAUGUGGUCUCACACUUUGUCUGUACAAGACUACCAAGACCUCAUAGAUCGAGGAUGGAGGAGGAGUGGUAAAUAUGUCUAUAAGCCCACGAUGAACAAGACAUGCUGUCCACAGUAUGCCAUCAGAUGUCAUGCCUUAAAAUUCCAGCCAACCAAAUCCCACAAGAAGAUCUUGAAGAUGAUGAGCAAAUUUAUUUCUAAAGGAGAGCUGCACAAAGAGCAGACUAAUGUGGAAGUUAUGGACUCUGUGUGUGAAGAUACUGUUCCACAGGAACCAAACAACGCUGUCCCCUCAGACCUGAAGUGUUCUGCUGUCACAGACAUUCAGGAGUAUGCAGGAGAUGUCUUGCCAUUGGACCCAGCAUCACCAAGAAUUGAUGCUUCAGUCCCGGGUGACAGAACAGCCAAAGCUCCAAAACCAGGAAUUGGAGCUGAUCCUAACCGGCCACCAUGUAGGAAAGCCAAACACUUGAGAAAACAGCGCCAUCUUCAGAAGGGGCAGAUGAAAUCGCAUGUUGUUGGCAAGUCUAAUUUCGUUACUGCUACAUCACCCACUUCCACAAAGCCUGUCCAGUCCAAAAUCCUGGAAGAUUUCAUUAAUGAGUCAUUGCCUGAGGACCCUCGUCAUUGCCUUGAGGUGAGGCUAGUGCGCUCCAAUCCCCCUAGCCCCCAGUUCAAAGCCUCGUUCGACGCCUCCUACCAGGUGUACAAACUCUACCAGAUGACCAUUCACAAGGAUCCUCCUGAAAAACCCUCCGAAAGCCAGGUGAGGCUAGUGCCGGUCAACUUUGAGGACCCUCAGUUCACAGCAUCCUAUGAACAGUCAGCAGCACUGUUUGCCUGCUACCAGAUGGCCGUUCACGGUGACGACCCCAGCGAAUGUAAUGAGAGCGAGUUCCGGAGAUUUCUUUGUGAUUCGCCAUUAGAGGCAGAGUGUCCGUCUGAUGGGCCAGAGGUGGGUUAUGGUUCCUUCCACCAACAGUACUGGCUGGACGGGCGCAUCGUGGCGGUGGGGGUGAUCGAUAUCUUGCCCACCUCUGUUUCCUCCGUCUACCUGUACUACCACCCAGACUUCGCCUCGUUGACCCUGGGCUCGUACUCGGCUCUCAGGGAGAUUGCGUUCACCAGGCAGCUGCAGAAACAGUCCCCGAAGCUGUCCUUCUACUACCUGGGCUUUUACAUUCACUCCUGUCCCAAGAUGCGCUAUAAGGGACAGUUCCGGCCUUCAGACCUCCUGUGCCCAGAAACGUAUAUCUGGAUGCCAAUAGAGUGCUGCACGCCCAUUCUAGACCAUUCUCACUACGGUCGUUUCAAUCAGGAUCCUGAUGCAGGAGACGCCUGCGCGCUGAAGGAUGUGGGCAGAGUUCUGGUCCUACACAGACGGACGGUCAUGCCCUACGCAGUCUACUGCCGCAAACGUCACAACUCCAGCGACGACUCCCAAGUGCAAGAGUAUGCUGGGUUGGUCGGUCAGGACUGUGCUGAAAGGAUGCUGCUGUACCGGUCCUAACCGACAGACCCAAAACUACCUCCCAGUCACGUCUGUCUGUGCAUGUACGUGCCCUCACUGUUGAUAAAAGUGCUUUCUGCUGC